AAACCAAACGGUAAUUUGUUUCGCUUACAAGGUCGUCCUAGCCAACAAUGGCUUCGUUUCGAUCUGUUAUAGUGAAUUCCUACAAGAUUCUGAGACAAAAUAAUGGUGUUAUUGGUAGUUUUUUGAAACUCUUUCGGUAAUUUUCGUAGUUUGGAAUGAGAAGUGUUUCUUUUCACUACUGUUCAUUACAGAAGAAACAACAAUGCCGUGACAUUUUUUAAAAAUAAUUAAUAUUAAUGAAAUAUUUUUAAAAUUCAAAAUCAAAUGAAUAUUUUCCUCAGUAACAGUAAAUAAGUUUGUUAGUUUAGACAAGUAAAACUGCUUUAAAAGUAAACUAUAAUCCUCAGUAUUUCAGUACUGUGAGUAGUAUGAGUUAAGCAUACUUCAAGUUACUAGUUGUUGAUUUAGUAAUACAGACAUACUACUACAGUUACAGUACUGACUUCAAGUCUUUGUAGUAGUAGUAGUAUUAAUAUUAAAUUACUUAUCAUCUUGUUUUAAGUUAUUUACUAAUACCACCUAGCCCAAUCUAAUCUUAAUUCAAAAUCUGAUUUUAGUGGGCUCUUUUAGUCCUAAAAAAUAUAUAGUUAUAGAUUAUAGACUAUUGAGUUGUUGGCAAUAUUUCGAAUGUUCGAACCCCCAUCCCAAAUUCAAAAUGCAUAAUAUUUAAAUUAAUAUAAUACUUUUUCAAACUUUUUGUUAGAAAGAUUAGAGUUAAUGACUUCUCUAAGAUUCUGCUUGUAAUUGUAACAAUAGAAAAUAAACAGUACUCUUACAACGUCAGCGUCGGUUGUGAAAAAAUCCUGUGGUUCGAGUUUGAAUUGCUAUUUAAACAGUUAUUCUUCUACUGAUGUACAUUAAAAAUUAAUAGUUACAGUGGAGAGGCGAGAGGGCCGCUGGGAUUUUUGUGGCUUUGAAAGUGAGAGUGGGCUAACAAGACCUACAUGCGAUAUCACAUUACAGGAGUGCAUAGAGUAUGAUAGAGAGCUAUAUUAUAAUAAUUAUAUACUUCAAGGCUCACUUAUUGUAUCAGACGGAUGUGCACCUUAUGUAAACAUAAACCAGAUCAGAAUCUAUUAACACUCCUUUGUUAUUCAUCUUAAUAAUUUCGUCAAUCCAAAUGACACUUGCGUCCACACACAGAAUGUUGAAAAUUUGUGGAUGAAUGCCAAGGGAAAACUGAACCUGAAAAGACAGUUUGGCUCAAGCUGCAAUCUUUUACCUUCAUAUUUGCAUAAGUUUUUUCCCACUAUCAUUUUCUUGGAGAUGAUAUAAACUCUAGCUAUUUUCUUUUCAUGCAUUAAAUUUUUAAAAUUUUUCUAUUUUAAUAAUGUUGUUUUUUAAUUUUAUAUAAACUAUGUGCUGAAAUGAAUAUGUACAAUGUCAUAAAAACAUUUCAAUUUAUUGGGAUCAAUAAAACAAUAUUGGUUUAAAUAGAACUUCAAACCUGAACAACAUGAUUAUGAUUUUUUUUCAUAACAAAUUCUCAAGUGGUAGAUUACCAAAUAAACAAUACCAUGGUGGGCAGACCACAAGCACCGGUUCAUGUUGCAAAUAAAUUUUUGCCAGAAAACAUUCUGCAAACUUAAGACAUAACGCCGAAGGCACCACUGUAUGACAGCAUGCUUUAGCUAGUGUGACUUACCGAACACCCAUGUUAUAACUGUCAGUGUCUCUUUUCUUUAGUUUGACAUGUUGGUUACCCAUGGAUAUGCCUUUGGUCCAUGUGCCCUAUAUGCACCGGGUCAUUUUUUCAAACUGUGGGCUUGCACACAUAAAAUCGACAUAAUAACUUUAUAUUGAGUUUAAAAUGUGAAAUGCAAGCAUGUUAUGCUUUUCGAAAGCAUUGAAAGUUGCAACACCAUUGUAAACUAUAACAAAAUUUACCAAAUUGAGUGUUCGAAUUGGUUUCUAGUUCAUUAAGGUGGAACACUUGUGUGCUUUCCAGUGGCACUCGGCAACAAAGAACUUGUUUUUGGACAGUACUUGAAGUUGUUGUUAUCACAUUUGACCAUGUACUUGGUAAAACAUAAAUGAACUGCUAAAGUAACUACUCAUUCAAUGUGUUUUACUAAUGUUUUGAAUUUGGAACUGGCGUCUGGGGGAUUGCCGAGUUGUCUAACCCUACAUAAAAUAACUAGGUAAGCGCAGUAACAUAACUGUGGGGAAUCCCUGGACUAAACUGACUUUGGGUGACUAGAUGAACUGUUGGACCUGCAGGAUGUGUAUGUUAAUUUUCCUAUUCAUUGAACAUUAUUCACAUCAUUAACUAAAUCUGACUAUCAAAAACUAACCUAUAAAAUUAAAUAUAUUAAAAUGAAAUUUUUAUUUUGUUUUUACUUAAAUUCAACACACAUGGUUCUAAAGAAAUCAAAAAAUAAACUCAUCCUGCUGAUACUAGAUAAUCACCAGUGAAGAUGGCCGCAUUGUAUGGCCUUUCAUUUCGAUUGUUGCUAUUUCAUUGUACAUUUCAACAUACUUUUCUAGGGAGACCUCUCCCCACAAUUUCAAGACAAAAAUGAUAAGAAAAAACUUUAAUCAAGUUAAUUGAAAUCUUUUGAAAACUGGGUAUGUAAUUAAAGUUGAUGUGGGAACCCUCCAUGACCUGUAUUAUUUACACCAUUGAAGACAUUGCCGACUUUACCACUAACCGAAUCCUAGCCCCUAUUAUGUUAGGUUAAAUAAUUUAUUCUCCUAUUGCUUUUACGAUUAGUAAACCUAACUCCACCAUAGCUGUUAUUGAUAAUAUUAGUAAAAUAGAUAUUUGGUAUAAAUUAAUUUUAAGUUGAUGUGACUGUAAAGUUACUUUGAUUAACUUGAACAUUUGCCAAAAAGCACUGGGUAAAGUUAGACAUGUCUUCUUUCUAGCCACAAAUUUUAUUUUUAAUAUUGUCAUAAAAUAUUAAUCUACACUACUAAGGCUUAACCGGGUGCAGUGUAAUUUUUUUUUUUGGGAGUGAGGUGUCUAUUAUAUGAAUAAAGAGCUUUGGGUGUGGUAAAAGACUGUCUGUAGGCCAGUUGUUUAAAGGCCAGCAGGUAGGGUGUAGAACUGUCUGUAAGCCUAUUGUUUAUAGAAAAUGAGAAGUUAACUCUUUUUUUUUUAACACUUGGAUCCACCUGGUAUUUUCUCAAAAUACCUUGACCUUAUUUAGUCCUAGUAUGUAUUAUAACUGUCGUGUAAUAAAUAGUCUGAGUCAUGAUAAAUUUUAAAAUAAUAAUAACUUGAUGUCUUUAUCAAAGAUACACAUCAACCUAUCUUUUGUGCUGGACUAGAUUUGAUGAUUUUUUAAUUCAAUUUUUUAUAUAUUGCAUUAAGCGACAUCUAUAAUGAUUUAAAAUCAUCUCUGCAUUGCCAUUUCAUUUAGCAGCCAUAUGGUAACAUUGUUUUAUAUAUGUUACAGACAUGAUGACUUAAAAUGGGGUACAUGUAUAGGAGAAGACAAAUUCGGCAACAAAUACUACCAAAAUAAUUACUACUUUUAUGGUAAGUUAUUUUAAUUUUAGAUUAAAGAAUUAAAAUCCUAAUAUAUUUUUUUUACAUUAUAUUUUGGCUUGGUAAAAUCGUAAUAUUAUAAUUAUAGUGUCAUCAUAUUAUGUUCUUGUAGACCAGGGGGUCUCACACUCAAAUCAUCCAGGGGCCGCAGGAGGUAGAGUCUGAGUGAGACUGGGCCGCAUCAAGAAAAAAAAAGAGCAAUUACAAAUUAAAUGAAGUACAACUUACAACUGGUACAUUCUACCCAACCUUUAUUAAUAACAAAAUAAAAUAUUAAGGGUUCUCAAGAACUAGGGUUGACUUUCUUCCUCCUACUCCUUGUUGCCAGAGACCUGAAAGUGCUUCUGGCAGCUUAGUAACAUUUGGCAUGAGUGAGGAGGCAACUAAGACCCUCAGUAUAGCUUGAAGAUGCUAUCAGUAAGUUUGGCCCUGAACUUUGACUUGUUAAAUUUCAUAGUGGGAAAAGAGCUUUUCUCACAGAUAGGUGCUCCCAAAAAAGGCACAUUAUUCGCUUGAGCAACCUGGAAAUCUCAGUUAAGGUGGAGGACUAUGCUCUUAUAAAUUAUCCAUGCUUGUCUGUUUCUCCAUUCACUCCCUGAACUUAGAAUUGCAUGAAGAUCAAUCAGCUCCAUUUGAAGCGCAAGUUGGGGUGGGGCGCAUCUUCCACUAUAAAGGAGAAAGGAUCAGCAGAAAGUUGAAAAGUGGCUCUUUGUGUUUUGAUGUCUAAAAACAUGUGAUUGAAUUCUUCCUGUAGCUUUGCAAUGGCAUCAGUAUACUCACUGCUGAAUGGUGUUCCUGAAUCUAUGAGUUCUUUUCAUUGUGGGAAAUGGCAGAAUGCCCUGACAUUGUCAUAGGCAAGCUGCCACUGGCCUUGUAACUUCUUGUUGAGUACAUUCAGCUCCUGAGUAACGUCAACAAGAAAAGCCAAGUUCAUGAGCCAUUUGAGAUCACUUAGUACAGGAAAAAUAACCCCAUCCUUCUCCAUGAAGGCUUAAAAUGGUAAAACAUGUCAAGCAGUUGGCAGGAGCAGGUCAUAUUCAUGAAUUAUUGAUGCGAAGGAAGGGUGAAUGAAUUUUCAUUUUUUGAUAGUAGAAAAGGAAUUUUUGACUAACCCUGUUUUUAAAUGGAACCAAGGCUGACAUGCUCGGAAUUUCCCUCACUCGUUAACAGUAUCCUUUAAGAAUACUUUAUCAGUUUGCAACGAUUUAAACAAUUAUGGUUGUGCAUUACCCACUAACUGACUUUUUACAUUUUUCUCAAAACCACACUUUGGCCACCUUUGUCUCAUGAAAUGCUAUAGAAUAAAAACCUUUUGUCUGGUUUUAAAACAGUUUUUACCAUUAGCGGAGAGUCACAUUAUAGAUAUGAGAAUGGGGAAAACUCGCGGGCCACAUUACACUAAACUUUGCUGUCAUGUAGCUGGCCGCAAAAUAUCGUCUUGCGGGCCACAAAUAGCCCACGUGCUGCGAGUUUGAGACCCCUGUCUGUUGUAGACAAUCUAUGUGUAUUAUUUGUAACUAAACUUCAUACCAUACAUGAUUCCACUUUGUUUUAAAUCUUCAAUGGUAGCUAGAAGUAUCCAUUGCCCUGGUUCAACUCUAAUUUGAAGUUCUAAUUCUUGUAAAUGUUAAAAUUAAUUUUCCCAAACAUUUUUAUCCAGGGAAGAAUAGAUGGGUAUCAUUUCCCCCAUCUGUUGGCUUUGACUUUGAUGCCAGUCAGGUACCACCAGAGUGGUGAGUACAUUAUAAACUUUCUGAUCAAUCAAUUUUUUUUUACACAAGUAAGAAUAAUUAUCAUUGGUUAUUUGAACUGGUGUUAGAAAGAUUGUCUUUCAUAAUUUAAGAUGGAUUCCUUCAUAAAUAUAAUUUUUGGCUCACUACAGUUUUAAGGAAAAGAUUGGCUUGUUUAACUUAUAAAAAGCCAUGGACCAUUUUCAAAUCAAUCAAGUGUACAAAAUGUAAUUCCUGUUCCAGGCAUCGAUGGUUGCAGUAUAUUACCGAUGAGCCCCCAUCUACACAUCCUCUGCCAAAAAGGAAUUGGAUGGCAGAUCACACUGAAAACUUGACUGGGUCAAGCAAAGAGUAUGUCCCAUACAGCACAACAAGGCCCAAGAUAGAGGCAUGGGUCCCACCCAAAAAAUGAACAAUCAAAGUUUAAGAUUGACAUGUAAAUUAGCUGAGAUAAAGGGUUUUGUUUGAGGUUUACUACUACUACCUGAUAAUGUAUAACUCUUGCUUGGUUCUACUUGUACAAAAAAUAGACUUUUGCUGAGGUAGCUGUCAUAUUGUAAUGUCAUGAUAAUUAUGAUGAUUUAAUCUCGAAAGUGACUAUUUUUGCUGAAAAUUAAAAUAUUACAUAAGAGAAGAUAUUUUUUUGUUGCAGUCAUUAUUAGUAUUAGCUUUUUAAAAUUUAUUUAAAAUUUGCCUUCAGUAAUAACCCAAUAACAAAAUUUUAUUUGGAAUGAGUUUUAUUUUCAGUUUUCAUGAAUCAAUUUAAUAUGAACAAG